UAGAUUGCCAUCUUUCAGCGUCAUAGGAUAAACAAUACAUACGUAUAUAUACAAAUCACCAGUUUAUACUGGCAGUUACAAUGAUUUCUCUCCUUCAGACUCAACAUCAACAUUCAACAUGGCAUCUACUUCAACUCUCCCUCGUCACUUCAAUCCAAAGGUAUUUUCAGUGCAUCAUGAGUGGAAAAAAGAUAGAAUUUUGUUGAGUAGUUCAGGGAAUUAUGGUGGGCUGAAGUUGAAAUUUGAGAAAGUUUUGUGUGUAAGUAGAAAAAGGCAAAUUAAGGGUUUGGCUGUUAAGGCUAUGUAUACUUCUGCUUUGCCUCCUCCUCCAGACGGGCAAUCAGGGAAGAGGGAUUGGAAGGUGUUUCGAAAGUGUCGUAAAGGGGAGGGCUUUUCGAUUAAGGGUGUUGCUAAGGGGAUUGCUGCGGUUUUUGUUCCUAUUGGGACGUUUAUGCUGACGCUUCUGUGGAAAUUGGCGGCAAUCGUACUGCCUAAACCGACAAAAACCGCAUUAGAUGAGAACAAGUCAAGUAGUGAAAGAAAUUUUUGGUCUUUUGGUAAAAAUCUCUUGUAUGGAUUUGCGGCAAAGAUGGAAAGGGACUCUAAGCAAAAUCUAUACAACUAUGCCAAAGACCUGAGAUCAUUCAGGAUCGUGAAUUUGUCAGGUGGUGACUUGGGCGAUGCAGGUCUAUCUAUUCUUGCGGAGAGCUUAGUUGACAAUCAGAGUUUAGAAGAACUUAAUCUUUCUUCUAAUGGAAUAACUGUCACUGGACUAAAAGCAUUAGAUGGUGUGCUGCAAUCAAACGUUGUACUCAAGACUCUUAAUCUUUCUGGAAAUCCUAUCGGGGAGGAAGGUGCAAAGUGUCUAUGUGAAUUACUGGCAAACAAUACUGGCAUCAAGAAGCUGCAGCUAAACGAUGCUCGGAUAGGAAAUGAGGGAGCAAAGGCUAUCUCUGAGAUGUUGAUUAGAAAUUCAAGCUUGCAGAUUCUUGAACUUGAUAACAAUCUUAUCGAUGAUGUUGGAUUCUCAGAGCUUGCAAGAUCACUUAUUGGCAAUGAAACUUUGCACACAAUGUAUCUUAAUCGGAACUAUAGUGGUGCUUUGGGGGCUUCUGCUCUGGGCGAAGGCCUUGGGAGGAACCGAUCCUUGCGGGAACUUCAUUUGAACGGAAACUCUAUUGGAGAUACAGGUGUUCGUGCUUUAAUGUCUGGCUUACUAUCACAUAAAGGGGAAAUUAUAGCCUUGGAUCUUGGUAACAACGGAUUAAGCUCAAGGGGUGCUACAUAUGUAGCUGAAUAUAUUAGAAAAAGCAAAACAUUGUUGUGGAUGAGUCUUUUCAUGAAUGAUCUUCGAGAUGAGGGGAUGGCAAAAAUAGCGGCUGCUUUAAAGCAUUGCACAAUAAGAAGUAUAGAUCUGGGGGAAAAUGGCAUAGGCGAGAAGGGUAUAAAUAGCAUAACUGAAGCUGUGCACCACAAUUCUUUGAUCGCAUCUGUAAAUUUCUGAAACUCUCAUUCCAUAUCUCAUAUUCCCCUGCGAUGUACAGCGGUAGUAGAAGCAGAGAGAAGGGAUCCAUCAAUAAGGCUAUAUCAUAUGUGCACAACAUGGGUAGUAAUUAGGAUUUUCUAACAUUACUGUAGUUUCGUAAAUAUAUGCAUGUAGAAAACCCUACUUACUAGUUCUGGAUUGCUUUUUUUUUUUUUAAUUACAAGUGUAAUUUCAUAGCAAUUCACUUCUGUUGGCAUCUGCCUUCGGGUUGUAUAUGAAAAUUACACUUGCAAGUUGUAAAUUGUUCAAAUGAUUCUUGGUGACUUCUCUGAAGCUCAUCCUGGAUUAUUUUACUUGGAAAAGUUCACUUUAAAGAAUUCAGCUCCCUUGAAUGGUUUGUUAUGCUACA